AUGAGUGAAGCCUCCAUAAAGAAGAGACCUAUCUCAGCUCGCUCGAUUGUGACUGAAUUGAGUGGAUCCGGUAUAUUAAACCCAACACCUGCUGACUCUGAGGAAUCUGAACCAAUGAUGGUUGAACUGUGUCUUUCUCAAGAGAAGUUGAAAAUCCUGUCUGGCUCUGACAGUCUACAGGAAGUGACCUCACUGGAAAUGUGUGUUGACACUCGACAAGACACUCUGGGCAACUUUGGUGUCUACUUGCCUAAGCUUGCACAGCUGAAAAUGAACAACAGUUUGAUCUUAUCUCUUCGGGACCUCGGAACCAGCCUUUCCCACCUGCAGGUCUUAUGGCUGGCUCGUUGCGGUCUGACCGACCUGGAGGGAAUUGCUUCUUUUGUGUCCUUAAAGGAACUGUAUGUACCAUACAACAACAUAUCAGAUCUGAGCCCACUUGGUAUUCUGGAACAUCUAGAGCUACUGGAUCUGGAGGGGAACAAUAUAGAUGAUCUGUCCCAACUGUGGUAUUUGGGCCAUUUUGCAAAGCUCAGAACCCUUUCCCUGGAGGGAAACCCAGUGUGCACCAGCCGCAGUCCAGGGACAUCAGAGGUAAAGGAAGAGGUAGACUACAGCUACAGGUCUGCAGUCUGUGAGUUUAUUCCUCAGCUAAGAUAUCUGGAUGAUAUACCUGCUGAUAAGGACAAACCUCAAAGCUGUAGAACUCCACUGGAGGACUGGACUCUUCUCAAAGAAUCAAUUAAAGACUGCUCCAUUAAUAACAGCCUGGAACAGACAGAUACAGAGGAGAGAUCUAUCAGUGUACGUGGCAUCAGACCCAGUUCUGCCUGGCUCCUGAGUCUGAGAUCAUCCUCCAGCAGUCUCUCCAGUCGCUCUGGCAGUGCCAGACCUCUCACUUCCUGCACUGGUUCAAGACCAGGCUCGACUGACUCCAAACUAGCCAUCCUGGAACAUGAAGCCAGUGAUCUAACAAAUGGUGUCGGCAGUUUUCUCUGUGGGAAUCCUCUACAGGCUGCUCGCGCACGAAGACAGAAAUUAAAGCUCCAAAACUCCCGUUCUCAAACCCGACCCAGCACAAGGCUUAGUAGUUAUAUUCCUGAACACAUGUAUGACCACGAAGAGUCGAGCAGUCAAGACCGCAGUGUGGUUUUUGCUGAACUCAGAAGCUGGAGAAUAGAGCAUGAUAAACGUCUGUUGUCUAUUGAGAAGGACCGGCAGCCACAGGUAAUGAAAAUCCUCCACAGCGAUGAUGAUGAUGAUGAAGGCAGCUACAAUCAUAGUUUUGGUAGUGAUGACAACACUAGAGGGGAGGAAGAGGAACAAGAAAGGACUGACAGAGAUACAACCUCUCCUGAUUCGUCCUUUCAAUCUACCUCACCAGAUCAGUACCAUCAGAUGUCAGAGUCCCCAGAGAUAUUCGGACUAUCCUCUUCAUCAGACAGCACUAUGUCUCCCUCACCCCCUCCGAACGCCGUAGCGCCCCCUUGUGGUCGGAGGGUAGCACCAAUCCGUGCAAGGAGACUCAGACCUCAUAAUAACACUGAAAUCUAUAUGCCAAGGCCAUCAGAUGAAACCCAUGUGACUGAUUCACGACCCAUACAGACAAACUUGGGACCCCAGAGUACCAUGAUUGUAAAAUUUCAGCUUGUGUCUCCUCAAAUCCUCCACAAACCACAAAGACCAUCCACUAGUUCUGUAGUCACCCCUCAUAGAGCUCAAUGGUCAGAGGCUACUGUGAAUCAUCGACAAUCACACAACCAACAUACACCAAUCAUACUUUCUAACACAUCUACAAAACUUUUACCCACACGUCCACAAACAGCCAGAGCUGCAUUGCAGAGGCUGCCAGACCGAGCCAGACUGCCUGCUCGAAGAAAUGCCCACAUGGAAUGAUGGAUUGUGGGUCUGACUGGGUCAUUUAUAUCAUCACUGCUGCAACUUGAGAGGCUUUUAGCAGUCGUUAGAGUUCUUGUGAAGUUAAGGAGUCUUUGUCGAAAAGUAAUUAAGUUCUCUUGAAUCCAAUGUCCAUAUGGAAUGUAUUGAGAUGUUGGAAUUAUCUAGGUUCCUCUUUUAUUUUUGGAUGCUGCAUAAUACAUUUGGUCUAUUUUAUAAAGUCAGUUUUUUUUUUUCUACAGAAUCUUUGUACUUUAAAGAUCAUUUUAAGCCAACAAAAAUUCAGUAAAAGUUAUAAGAGAAGGCAACUAACAUGCCCAUGGUAUUCUUUUAUUCAACAUCAAUAAAAUGAUGUUUUUUUUUAGUUCACUUAAUUAAUCCUGGGGUU